CAGCGGUUCUCUGUGUUUCAGGUGCAGAAGCUGCAGCGCGCGGCUCUACAGGAUCCUGUUAAAUGCACCGUUUCCUCCAAAUACGCCACCGUCGACAAGCUGCAGCAGUAUUACAUCUUCAUCCCGUCCAAGUACAAGGACUGUUAUCUGGUCUCUAUCCUGAAUGAACUGGCUGGGAACUCUUUCAUGGUUUUCUGCGGCACGUGUAAUAACGCCCAGCGGGUGGCGCUCUUGCUCAGAAACCUGGGCAUCACGGCCAUCCCUCUCCACGGACAGAUGAGUCAGGUACACACUCAGACCAUCUGAAUAUUACUGGUCUAGACUGCACUGAUUCAAA